UUUCCAAAGAAAAAUCAUCUAGUCUUUUGCUGAUCGUUGGAUGGAUAAGUCCAGGAUACAAUAUGACACAUCAAAUAUUAUGGAUAGUUGCACUAUCUUUGCUGAGUGGAACCCUAGCUCAAUAUGAAAACUGCGAAGUACCACCUACUGUGAACUUUGCAACAGUUCGCAUGGAAGAUGAAGACGAUAGUGUACGAGCUAUUUAUGCCUGCAAUAGUGGCUACACUUUGGAGGGUGAAACGGAAUUAAUAUGCGAUUUGAAUACCGAUGAAUGGAAUAAAAAUCCACCAAAAUGUGUUAAAAUCCAAUCCGAAGAUGAUGCUGAUGAAAAUGACGAAAAAAACGACAUAGAUGAUACCAAUUCCCAAGCAACUAGCCAAGAAAGAAAAAAGAAAACUCAAGACAUACAGGAAGAUCCUUACAUCACAUCGGACUAUGCUGAAAACUUGGAUAUGACUUGCGUCAGUGCCAGAGUAAAGGCACCAGAAAUCCCAAAUGGAUUCGUGCAGAAAUACGAUAGAAGGCGCAAAGGCGAAAGCACUUUCAUAGUCGCAUUUUACUCGUGUAACGAUAACUUUGAACUGGAGGAUUCCGAACGAAAUACCGUCUAUUGUAGUAAAAAGAAAUGGAUUGGCGAACUGCCAAAAUGUAUUGCCUUGAGUGACUACAAUGAAGAGGAUUACGAGGAAUAUGAUGAUGGUGGUGAAGAGGAAGAGGAUGAAGAUGAUGAGGAAACAGUAAGGAAACCAACACCGCCCAAGACUGAAACGACAGCCAUCACUGAGCCUAAAGUUGAGUAUACCGUUAAAGUAAGUGGAGAGGUUCUAGAUGAAGUAUCCACUGCAGCCACAAAAGUUGAUGCAGUUACCGACGUCAAUAUUGUCGUUCAGCCCACUGUGGAUCCUUAUACUCCGAGGGUGCUGAAUCAAAGUUGUGGACCGGAAAAGGGGGGCUGUGACCAUAAUUGCGAGAUGGUCCUUUAUCCGGGAGAGAAUGAGCCAAGGGUUGUGUGUUCUUGCUAUUCGGGAUUCACAUUGGAUCCUUAUAACUAUCGAGGAUGUCACGAUAUCGACGAGUGUAGUAUCAACAAUGGUGGCUGUGAGCAAAUUUGCAAAAACAUCCCCGGAUCCCUUGAGUGCACUUGCCAGGAGGGGUUGCAAAUUGAUACAGUCACGGGCAAAACGUGCAUUGAUAUCAACGAAUGUGAAUCUGCUGACAUCGCUUCCAAGUGUCCUGGAGGCUGUGAAAACACAGUUGGUUCAUACAACUGCCUACCACAACCAACCGAAGAAACUCGAACCAACGAAGUCGAAUCCAUACCCAAUCCAACUCACACCUUACUCUGUGAAGAAGGCUUCCGCCUUAGUCCCGAUGGCAAUUGUGUCGAUAUCGAUGAAUGUGCUGAAGGUAUUGCUAAAUGUGACAAUUGCCGAAACAAUCAUGGCAGCUAUGAUUGCCUUUGUCCAACUGGCUACGAACUUUCUGAUGACGAAAGAACAUGCGUCGAUAUAAAUGAAUGUGAAGCUUACGCCGAAGAAAAAGGUCAAGCUGCAUGCUCACAUGAAUGUGAAAACACACAAGGCUCUUUUAUUUGUAAAUGUGGAGAUUUACAUCAUCUGGGUGAUGAUCGACGAACUUGUGUUAAAGAUUCUUGUCAAGAUAUGGGUGAAAAUAAAACUCAAUGUUCACAUUAUUGUGAAGACACUGCUGAGGGACCGAUUUGUAAGUGUCCCGAUGGGUUUGAUUUAGCAGCUGAUAAGGCCAACUGUGUUCAAAAAGCAACCGAAGCUUGUCAGGAACUUGGCGGAAAUGAACGUUGUUUCCCAGGAACUUGUACAAGUUCAGAAGAUGGAAAGUACAAAUGUAACUGUCCAACUGGAUUCAGAGAUGAGGUUUAUUUCUGCAAGGACAUUGAUGAGUGUUCAGAAAACAAACAUAACUGUUCCCAUAUCUGUUUUAAUACUGAAGGCUCGUAUGUUUGCCAGUGUCCUAUCGGUUUCCAUGAGUUGGAAGGAAAUUCUAACAAUUGCCUAGACAUCGAUGAAUGUUCAGAAAAAGAUGGAGUCUGUGGGGAUAGGGUCUGUAAAAAUACAGAUGGUGGAUUUGAGUGCGUAUGUCCCGAUGGCAGUGAACCAGAUUCAAACAACAAAUGUCCAGAAAAUGAUCUCUGUUCGUCAAACAAUGGUGGUUGUUCUCACACAUGCUCUUCCGAAGAUGGAAGAGCUUUGUGCCUCUGUCCAGCUGAAAUGAAACUCUCCGAAGAUGGUUUCACUUGCAUCCAUCUUGACCCCUGCGCCAACGCCAAUAACGGCUGCUCUCAAUUUUGUAACAGCGUUCUUCAAGGAACCUGCUCUUGUGAACCAGGUUUCGAGCUCCAAGAAGAUGGUAAAACCUGCCUCGAUUACGAUGAAUGCAUCGAAAACAAUGGCGGAUGUGAACAUAUUUGUGUCAAUAAGCUUGGUUCGUUUUCAUGUGCCUGUGAUUCAGGCUUUGAACUUAAGGAUGACCUUCGAACUUGUACCGAUGUUGAUGAGUGCUCUCAGGCACUUCAUGAUUGUUCACACUAUUGUAUCAAUACUAACGGAGCUUAUGACUGCUCGUGUCCAGCUGGAUUUGUCCUAGGACCAAACAAACGUACUUGCAUUGAUGUUGACGAAUGCCAAGGUUACUCAAGCUGCAGUCACAUGUGUCGAAAUACUUUAGGUUCGUUUGAAUGUGAGUGCCCGGCCGGUAUGAUUUUGGAUGACGACAAGAAGACCUGUGUUGAUGGAGACGUCUGUACUCGCUUACAACCCCAGUGUUCUCAUUUUUGUAAAAAUGUUGAUAAAGGUUUUGAGUGUGGCUGCCCUCAAGGUCUUAAAAUCGGAAGUGACUCACUCACUUGUGUUGAUAUAAAUGAGUGUUUGGUCAAUAAUGGUGAAUGUUCCCACACUUGCACCAACUUGGAAGGCUCUUAUAGCUGCCUUUGUCCAGAUGGGUUUAAGCUAGGUGAAGACGGUAAAACCUGUCAGGAUAUCAACGAGUGUGAAACUGACAAUGGAGGAUGUGCUCACUACUGUCUUAAUGCAAAGGGAGGUCACUCAUGUGAAUGCGCUCAAGGUUUUGCUCUUCAAGAAGAUGGAAAAAGCUGUCGGGAAAGUGAUCCAUGUCGUCAAAAUAAUGGAGGAUGUGAACAAUUGUGUGUGGCUGAUGGAAAAUGUGCUUGCAGGGCUGGAUACGUCGUAAAUUCUUCAAACAGUUCUAGUUGUUCUGAUGUCGAUGAGUGUCAAAUUGACAAUCCAUGCCCUAAACAAAGUUGUCGAAAUACUCAAGGUUCCUAUGAAUGUUUCUGUGAGCAAGGCUUUACCAAAGAUGCUUAUGGUCACUGUAUUGAUAUCAACGAAUGUGAGUAUCAAAAUGGUGGCUGUCCAGGUGAGUGUGUCAAUCUGGCAGGAAGUUUUGAGUGCAAAUGUCCUCGAGGACUUCGUCCAAGUGAUGACAAAAAGUCCUGUGUGAGAGUACGAGAUCAAUGCCAGCCAUUCCGUCCUCCCAAAUAUGGUGAAAUCCAUUGCACUAGGUCACGUCAUAGGACCCACUUGUACUACAAGACUAGAUGUUCAGUUUGGUGCAUACCCGGCUACCAACUUGAAGGACCAGCAAUUAGACAUUGCAGUGCAUCUGGACAAUGGGAUAAUUUUGAAAAUCGUUGCAUUCCUCAAAUGUGUCCCCGUUUGCCUCGAGCUGAACAUGGAACAAUACUACCAGCCAAUUGUUUGCUCGGCAAGACUUAUGUCGGUGAACGUUGCCUGUUGCAUUGUCAUCCUGGCUAUAUGCCAGCUGGUCGCAAAGUCAACGUUUGUAAUGUCGACCAAAGUUGGUCAUUUAAUUCGACAUUUGAUUGUAUUCCCAUUGGAACGCCUAUAUUUAAUGCACCCCAUCAAAGGGUUGAUAAUAAUAAUAAUAGACGUUAUGGAGUGCCACAACCACGACCAUUUAUUAAAUGUCCUCGCAAUACAACUGUUUUGCUACCAUUGGGACACAAGACGGCACAUAUAAUUUUACAGAAGCCAAAAACAAAUAUGGACUUUAGGUAUGUGCAAUCGUUCCCAGCAUGGUCGAGGAAUUUGCAAGCACAUUUGGAAGCUGGAGUGCAUGUUAUAACAUUCCGGGGACAUGAACCGACCACGAGACGAGGUGCAUUGUGUCGGACAGUGAUUACUGUGAAGAAUAGUGAACCGCCAAAGGUGACAUUCUGUCCACCGUCGUUUGAGGUUACAUUGGCAAGUGCUCAGGAGAAGCGGUCCAUUGUGUGGAAGGAACCAGAAUUUGAAAGUACAAGUUCCAUUAAGAACGUUCAGAAGUCAAAUAUCCCUGGGCAACUUUUCUCAGAAGGUGUUCAUAGAAUUUCUUAUGAAGCAGUUAAUGAAGAUGAUUUAACAGCAAGAUGUGAAUUUAAUGUUGUUGUUAAAGCCCCUCAAGUUCAAUCAAUGCCAUACACAUUCAGUUAUCCUCAAGUUGCUGCUGAGAGAAGUUCCAAGCUAUUGGCUCAUCAUGAUUCUUACAUCAUUUGCACUGGACAAUCGCCAGUAAAGAUUUAUGGCAAUCAACCUAUUAAUCUACCUCCUGGUUGCGUCAUUAAGAACAUUCGGGUCAAUCCAGUAAGACAUCAACAACAGUAUUUGAGAAGAAGAUUAAUAACUCAUCGAUGGACACCAUUCAGCAAUUUUUAAAAUUGCUACGAUUAAUUUAUACACAUCCUUUUUUUAUUUCAUUAAUGUCAACUUGUAAAAAAUAACUACAUUAAAAAUACAGCAUUUACUUUUUACUUUUAUGUUUUGUGGUUGUAAGAAAAAACAAGAUUUUUUUUUAAGAUAGGUAA